AGAGACAUCAACCCCACCUCCCAACCACUUGCUUCCGAUAUGAUCUGUUUCACCUGCCCACCAAGUAGCACACAGAUUUAAGGUAGCCGGGAUUCCCGAAACAAAACAAAGCAGAAGCAUAGAGGACGGAGCUACCCAUAGCACUGAUUAAUAUUAGAUCUCAUGGGGAACAUACACCAGGCCGGCGUCAAGAAAGAUGACCAUGGCGGCGGUGACAACCAGCAGCUACAGGUGGUCUCCGUUCUCGAGCUCCAGGCCGGCGUUGUGGAAGACCAGCCGCAGCCACUCGGCGGAUGGCAUGCCGUCGAGGCAACCUCCAUGUUGGAAAAUUGCAAGGCAAACAGUACUGCUACAGAUGGAGGCACCGGCAGCAGGAUAGAUAUCCUCGGGCCUGCAACCGAACAGAAUAUCCCAAAACCCAGUGAUCCUCCUCAUCCAUGCCCGCCGCCACAGUCGCUGCCGGAGGGUGUGCAGUCCGUGCUCAAAACGUCACGGGUUAAUCGAAAGUGCAUUGGAGACGGCGAUGGCUUCACUGCUUAUGAGGAGAGGAUUGCAGGUGAUACAAACAUCCGAGAUCCACCGAAAUACAAAAUUAGAAUGAAGGGGAUUGAUGCACCGGAGCUGGAUAUGGAAUAUGGCAUGGAGUCAAAGGAUGAAUUGGUGAGGCUUAUUGGGGGGAAGCGUGUUUCGAUUCUUGUGUAUGGGCCAGACAAAUAUGGACGAUCUCUUGGUGACAUCUACUGUGACGGUGUCUUUAUCCAAGAACAAAUGCUGAAAGGGGGCUUUGCCUGGCACUACAAAAUGUGCGACAAACGUCCUGAAUUUGCAAAAGUAAGAUAUCUGAUCUCAAUCCAUUUUUGAUACCCCCCCCCACCCCCCUCAAAUCAUUCUAGCAUCUUCAACAUAA